AUGCUGCGCAUCUGGAAAGCUUCGGGUGAGGAGGUGGCAGCUCUUCCGCUCGAGGAGGUUGACGAUGUGCGCUCCCUGAAGCAGUACCUCCAGAACCUCUGCGGGGUGCCGCGCUUCAGACAGCGCCUCAUCGCCGAUGGUCGAGCAUUGGAGGACGACUUCAGGUGUCUCGAGGCAGGGGACCUUCAGCUGAUCCUUUUGUCCUUCCGCGAGGCCUCCGACGCGGAAGCUGGUGAGCUCAGCUUGGCAGUGCGAGAAGGACGCGUUGCUGAGGUGGAGGAGAUGUUGAGUCGGCCCUUGCAUCCGGACUCAACCUCCAAAGAGGUCUGGUACACGCCGCUGUAUGCUGCAAGUCACAAAGGGGAUGUCGAGAUGGUGAGUUUGCUGCUGGAGGCCUCAGCCGACAAGGAGAGAAGGUGUCACGGCUUCACUCCUCUCGGCAUCGCUUGUGUUCUUGGCCGCGCCAACGUUGCAAGCGUGCUGCUGGAGGCUGGCGUCGACAAGGAUAAGGACUGCACAUGGGAAGGUGCCACGCCGCUGGGGGCCGCCGCCGACCACGGCCGUGAGGCGACCGUGCGCUUGAUGCUGGAAGCUGGCGCGGACAAGGAGAAGGUUUGGGGAGAUGGGAUGACGCCGCUGGGAGCGGCGGCUUCGAAGGGCCGCAUCAAAGCUGCGCGCCUGCUCCUGGAUGCCGGUGCAGAGAAGGAAUGUCGGUGCCAGGGUGGUGCCACGCCUCUCGGACUUGCAUCCAGCCGGGGCUUUCCGAACCUUGUGCAGAUGCUCCUGGAGGCCGGUGCUGACAAGGACGCCUGCAGGCGCGAUGGUACGACUCCGCUUGGCGUGGCUGCCCGCAAAGGUGCAGCAUGCCACAUGUCCAUUGCCCGUUUACUCUUAUCGGCCAGCGCCGACAAGGACAAGCCAGGCAGAGCUGAUGGGGCACCACCUUUGGGCAUCGCUGCCAGCAAGGGGAAUGCUGAAAUGGUGUACAUGCUGUUAGAUGCCGCGGCUGAUCUAGAGAAGUCCUGGGCAUCUGGCGCAACACCUUUGGGUGUGGCCUGCCGCUAUGGCCGCACAACCAUCGUGCGCUUGCUUUUGGAAGCCAACGCAGACAAGGACAAGCCUUGCAGAUGGGACGGUGGAACACCUUUGGGUGUUGCAGGCCGACUUGGCUUCACAGCGAUCGUGAAGCUGCUGCUGGACUUCCGCGCUGACAAAGACAAGGCUUGGGGGCUCGAUGGCACGACGCCUCUCCGCGAUGCCAUCAGGAGGGGCCAAAGAGAUCUCGUCAGGCUUCUGAGCUCGGCGAAUGAAAAGAACACCGCGUAA